UUGUUGCAAUAAUUUGAAAACGAAAAAUGUGCGUAAUACUGUGUUAGCAACAAAAGAAACAUCCCUAUCCAAAAAAGGCAUUUUAUUGAAGCUUCUUGAGUGCUUAGCUUGGGAAUAUAAGUAGAUCAUUUUAGUGGUUAACAACACCCAUACUAGCUCCAUAGUCCAUACUCCAAUCUAGAAAACUUACCUUACAAAAGAGUAAACAUGCUACGUUUAGUCUGUGUAAAUGGCUUCUCUUUUUUAACAUCUUCAAAAAUACUAGUUAAAUCACAAGCAAAAAACAACCUAUUAUUGCCCAAAUACAACCCAAAUCGCUUCUUUAGAAGCAAUUAUAUUUUGACAAACACUAGUAAUAAUAAUAAUUCUGUGGCACCAAUAAAUUGUGCACAAAGUCGUGAAGAUUUGAAUCAAUCAUCAAAGGAAGUUAAUGAGAAUUCUAUGGCGAGGCUCCAACAAGGAGAGUUUAUCAUUCCUAAACACGUAGCCAUAACCUUGGAUGGAUGCAGGAGAUGGCAUAAAGCCCGCGGCCUAGACCUUGAUUAUAAGUCUUUCUUUCAGGCUAACUUGAGGUUUGUCGAGUAUUGUCUCAAAUGGAAAGUUGGCACUGCCACAAGUUACAUCUACGGACUAAGAAAUUUUAAGCUGCGAUCUAAGGAAGCGGUAGAUUUUUGUAUGGGGCAGUUUGAAACUUUUUUAAAGGAAGAAAUGGAUAAUCUUAAAAGGAAAGGAGUAAGAGUGUCAAUAAUAGGACAAAAAUAUGUGUUAUCUGAAUCAUGUCAAGCCACGAUAAAGAAAGUGGAGGAAGCAACAAAACACAAUACAAAACUUGAUUUAGUCCUUCCACUAUGCUAUACUUCACAAAGCGACAUAGUUCAAGCAACAAGAAAAAUUUGUCACAAAGUCAAGAAAGGAAGCAUUACACUAGAAGAUGUUAAUGAAGAUUUGAUUCAACAACAUCUUUCUGCUUGUGGAUCUCGACCCCUUCCCGACCUAUACAUACGAACGAGCGGUCUACUCCGCAUUGGGAUGUUGUUGGGAUGGCGAGUAGCCGAUGUUGAGCUAUACUUUAUCAAAACUUGUGCACCUGAUUUUGGCGAAGAUGAGUUCCUUGAUGCUUUGCGUUCCUAUCAACAAAGGACUUAUAGGUUGUUUGGUAGUUAAAAUGAGAGCAAUGUGUUUCAGCUUCUUCUGGUCAAAUUAAAGCUAUUAAAACUCCUAGUAGGUUGUGGCGUAUGUUUUUUUUUUUAUUGUUCUUAAAAUUGCAAGACAACUUUUAGUUUUUUUUUUUAGUCAAGAAGCUUUUGCGUGAGAUCGUACUCAUCAUCAAUCCAAUAUCUAAUGUCAUAUAUUGGAUUAUUAAUGUCAAAUAUAAAUUAUCAAUGUCAUACAUUAGAAUAUUACUGUCACAUAUUA